AUGAUUCUAUUGAAUGAUUCACCUGGCGCCUUCAAUCCUUCUCGCCGCCUGGAUGGGUGGGUGGCUGAGACACUUACAAGAGAAUGGUCAGAACAGGAGGUUAAGAAUGCUUUUGCAGCAAUGGCGCGGAACAAGUCACCAGGCAGUGACGGUUUACCCAAGGAGCUGUUUGAGGCGCAUUGGGACCUGCUGGGGGAAAGCUUCAUGGCUAUGGCAAAGGAUUUUGAGGGUACCGCUGCGCUGCCGGCUGAGAUCAAGGAGGCGGUGACGAUUUUGCUGCACAAGAAAGGCGACAAGGAGCUGCUAAACAACUACCGGCCGAUCACGCUGCUGAACUUCGCGUACAAGGUGCUUGCUCGGGUUGUCGCGGAUCGGAUGAAGUCGGUUCUGCAUAUGGUUAUCUCACCGGAGCAGUACGGCUUCAUUCCGGGAAGGCGUUUGUCAGAUGCGGUCGCCUUGGUGGCUGACAUAAUCGAGGGGGCGAAGAACGAUAAGGGCGAUUGCUAUAUGCUCCUGGUGGAUUUUCAGAAAGCCUUUGACUCGGUCUCAAGGGACUUUCUGUUCCAGGUGCUGGAGUCCAUGGGCUUUCCGGAGCAGUUUGUUGGAUGGGUUAAAGGCCUGCAUGAGGGUACAACAACGAAGUUGUUAAUAAAUGGCUGGCUCGGUGAAGGUGUGGAUGUGGUGUCGGGGGUGAGACAAGGCUGCCCCCUAGCGCCCUACCUCUUUCUGUGUGCUGUGGAGCCGCUGGCUCUGGAGGUGGAACGGAAGGAGCUUGGUCUGGAGAAGGAUGGGCACCGGCUAGGAUAUCUUGGUUACGCGGAUGAUACGACGCUGGUCCUGCAAGGGGAAGCGCAAAUUGGUCAGGCAGAGGAAAUUCUGGAUCGCUUCAAAAAGGCCGAGUUGGGAGAAGGCGUGGAGCUGUAUCUCGGAGAAGCUCACCAAGUGGCAGCUGAAAUACCUGACAAUCACAGCGAGAGCAACGGUGGUCAAUUUCUACAUCACGCCGAUCCUUGCCUUUCAGGCGCAGAUCUUCCCGCCGCCAGCGGAUAUCUGGCUGGAAAUCAUGCGGCUGAUACACAGCUUUACCUCGGGUAA